CCGAUUUAUUUCUUUUAAAAUCUUAAUAAAAACACACGUGGUCAUGUUCUACAAACUACAAGAACUCAAACCCAGUCCAUAAACGGGAAACAAUAAUGUGAAGAAGAGAGAAGGUUAAACAAACUGCAUAUCCGGUGUGACCGGAAACGAGCGUCGCGCGGGGUAACCGAACCGACUAAACACGGGAGAGUGGACUUUCUGAAGAGGCAUGAUCUGAUGUUUGACUCUGUUUGAGAUCCUGAAGACCUGCUGCUGAAAUGGCCAGCGUCGUCGAGAAAGAGGAAGCUCGGGCCGAGUUGGACUCGAUCGAAGCGGAGUUGGAGUUGCUGGAGCUGCAGAUCUCCGAGCUCCUGGAGAAGCAGGCCUCUCUAACCUCCAGGAAAAACAAACUCCUGAAGAUUCUCGGUGGCUCGUGCGACCCUGCUCAGCCCUCCGGAUCCACGAAGCCGUCCAAACCCGCCUUCGGCAAAAAAGACCUGCAGCACUACGAGGAGUCAGAUUUCUCGUGGUCAAAAGAGGUUGAGCAGGAACUGGUGAACGUGUUCAAACUCCCCAAGUUCCGACCGCUUCAGCGAGCCGCCAUCAACCUCAGCAUGUCUGGGAGAGAUCUAUUUUUGGUGAUGCCUACAGGCCGCGGCAAGAGCUUGUGCUACCAGCUACCGGCUGUCUGUUCUAAAGGUUUCACGCUGGUCAUCGCUCCGUUGGUGUCUCUGAUGGAGGAUCAGCUCAUGUAUCUGAAGUCCAUUAACGUCCCUGCUGUAACUCUUAAUGCUUCUAGUUCAAAGGAGGAUUCUAAAUCCGUCAUGGCAGGUAUGAUUGAUAAAAACAGCCCCUUCAAACUGCUCUACGUCACUCCGGAGAAGAUCGCCAAGAGCAAACUGCUGAUGUCUAAACUGGAGAAAGCUUACAAUAUGGGUCUGCUGGAGCGCAUCGCUGUGGACGAAGUUCACUGCUGCAGUCAGUGGGGUCAUGACUUCAGACCAGAUUACAAGCUCCUGGGCAUUCUCAAACGUCAGUUCCCUAAAGUCCCACUGAUCGGGCUGACCGCCACGGCAACCAGCAGCGUUCUGAAAGACUGCCAGAAGAUCCUUUGUGUUCAGGAUCCCGUCACACUUACAGCACCUUUUAACAGGCCUAACCUCUAUUAUGAGGUUCGGUUUAAAGACAGCGAAGGCUCGACUAAAGAAAUUGCAGCGCUGAUUAAAGGAAGAUACAAGAACCAGUCAGGAAUAGUGUACGUAUUCUCGCAGAAAGAUGCAGAGAUGGUGUCUACAGACCUGCAGCAGGGAGGCAUCCUGGCCCAGCCAUACCACGCAAACAUGGAGCCUUCCCAUAAGACCCUGGUGCAUCAUCAGUGGUCUAGCAAAAAGAUUCAGGUGGUUGUUGCUACGGUGGCGUUUGGAAUGGGCAUUGACAAAGCAGAUGUGAGGUUUGUUAUCCACCAUACCAUCAGCAAGUCCAUGGAGAACUAUUAUCAGGAGAGCGGACGUGCAGGGAGAGAUGACGGUCCAGCAGACUGCGUUGUGUUCUAUGGGUUUGCGGAUAUUUUCAGGAUCAGCACCAUGGUUGUGAUGGAGAACACCGGCCAGCAGAAGCUUCAGAAUAUGGUGGCUUAUUGUCAGAACGUGGACAGGUGUCGGCGUGCCGUGAUGGCGGUUCAUUUUGAUGAAGUUUGGGACGAUGAAGAAUGCAACCAGACUUGUGAUGUCUGUCGCCAUGGCAAUGACUACAUCACCAUGGACAUCACCAAGCACGCACGCGAGGUGGUGGACAUCGUAGAGUUGGCCGCGUCUCUGGACGAGAAGAUGACCCCUCUGAAGGUGUGCGAUACCUGGAUGGGGAAAGGCAGCGCCAAGAUCCGUAAAAUGGCCAAGGUCACGACCCUGUCACGCCUGGAGGUGGAGUCCAUCAUCGUUCAUCUCUUACUCCACGGCUACUUCAGCGAAGAUUUCAGCUUCACGCCGUACACGACGUACUUUUACCUGAAAGCAGGACGUAAAGCUGGCUUACUGAAGAGUGAAAGCCACACUGUAACGAUGAAGAUGAGGAGGAAGGUGUCUACAUCCAGCGCAAGUGUCAUCAAGAUUGAGAAUCAGUUUGUCCCCGACAUUUGGACAUGCUCUGGUGUGGAUUUCAUAAAGCCUGAGCACCGUAAAAAACGCAGAAUAAGGAGGAGGUGGAGAAAUCUCAGGCACGCCAGUGAGGCAGUGCAACAGGCCGUGAUCGACAUGAACAAGAAGAGAAGUAAAAGACGACGCCAACGGCAAGCACAGAGACAGUACGUUCAGAGCACGGUGUGCGGCUCGUGGGACGUUAAGCCUGUGUUUAAAAGCAGGAGCAGACGCUUUCGCUACAGAGACAAGCAGGAGAAAUUCGAGUGCUACAGCAGCAAAAAGAAAAACCAUUAUGUACAUCAGUGCAAAAGAACAUACCGUGGUACAGAAGACAACCUCACAUAGAUAUUCACUACCAGAUGUUAGCUGUACUAAAAACAACCAAUGAAAACCUGCUUUCUGAAAGUCAGUAAGGAGAGAGUUUUUUUUGUUUUCUGAUUGCGAAACCUACGUGUCCCUGUAGCAUCUAUGAAUUAAAACGAACACCCCAGACAGGAAACCUGCAACUGAUUUGUCUACCCCUUGAGCUACUUACUAAUAGAGAUUAUUUCAAAUGCUUCUUUGUGCAGGCUUUUUGGAAAUUCAGUCCAUGUUAAAUGUUGUAUUGUAAAAGGCUGUAUUCUCUUUUUCAGUAACGGCUUAUCUCUCUGCCCUCCCUCAAAGACACGCUGGUUAAAAAAAGCUCUUGUGCU